UCGUGACCUCUGUCACUGCAUUAUUUUUUUGUUUUUCCUUUUUUCUGUGACAAAACAAUGAAAGCAAACAUAAUUACAGCCUGCCUAUUCUCCUUGUGAUGAUUUAUUGGAUUUAAAAAGCUUAAAGCUGCAAGAAAAGCAACAUUAUUUUCAUUUUCCCAUCCUUCCUUUCCUAUUUAGACAACGAUCAGCUACUGGCUUUUAUUUUUUCGUUCUUUUCUUUCUCUAAAGCGCAAUGGGGUCUUUUGUUUUCUCAUUGUAGCACCAAAAAAGUUUUCCUGCAAGAAGGAAGCUUUCUUAUAGCUGAAGCUCUUUUGUUUCAAAUUAAUGGGUUUGAGCAGACCUCAAAAACCCACUAAUGGAGUCUCUACCAGAUGGGUUUCUAUCUUCUGCAUUGCUAGCUUCUUCUUGGGUGUUCUUGUUGUCAACAGGUUUUGGACCAUUCCAGAUCCAGCCAAAGUAGAUGAGGAGGCUUCAUCUGUGAAUGAGUAUCAAUCAAAAUUGUCUCAUCCUGUACUUAAUUGUGAAAAGAAGGAGACUUCUGUCCAGGCAGGGGACAUCCUUUCUCAAGUUUCACAGACUCACAAUGUAAUUAUGACACUAGACAAAACAAUCUCCUCAUUGGAAAUGCAGCUGGCUGCUGCAAGAGCUGUUAAAGGUGACAGUGAAGAAGGAUCUCCAAUGGGUACCAAAUCUGGAACAGAUCCCUUGAAGGAGCGGCAAAAGGUUUUCUUUGUUAUGGGCAUAAUUACUGCAUUUAGUAGCAGAAAACGAAGGGACUCAAUUAGAGAAACUUGGUUGCCCAAAGGAGAGGAAUUAAAGAAGUUGGAAACAGAGAAGGGUAUCAUAAUUCGAUUUGUAAUAGGACACAGUGCAUCACCAGGGGGUGUUUUGGAUCGUGCUAUUGAUGCAGAAGAGGAGCAGCACAAGGAUUUCCUGCGGCUGAAUCAUAUUGAAGGAUAUCAUGAAUUGUCAUCGAAAACACAGAUAUACUUCUCAACCGCAGUUUCUAGGUGGGAUGCUGACUUCUAUAUUAAAGUUGAUGACGAUGUACACAUAAAUCUUGGAAUGAUUGGAUCUACUCUGGCCCGCCAUAGAUCAAAACCCCGUGUUUAUAUUGGUUGUAUGAAAUCUGGACCUGUCCUAUCACAGAAAGGUGUUAAGUACCACGAGCCAGAAUAUUGGAAAUUCGGUGAGGAAGGAAACAAGUAUUUUAGGCAUGCGACAGGGCAAAUAUAUGCAAUUUCCAAGAAUUUGGCCACCUACAUCUCAGUAAAUCGGCACAUACUUCAUAGAUAUGCAAAUGAAGAUGUUUCCAUGGGAUCUUGGUUUAUUGGUCUUGAUGUUGAGCAUAUUGAUGACAGAAGCCUCUGCUGUGGAACUCCACCUGAUUGCGAGUGGAAGGCUCAAGCAGGAAAUCCUUGCGCUGCAUCAUUUGACUGGACUUGCAGUGGCAUUUGCAAGUCAGUGGAAAGAAUGGAGGAGGUACAUCAGCGUUGUGGAGAAGGCGAUGGGGCAAUCUGGCAUACGAGUUUCUGAAAAAAAUUUCACUCCUUAGUGAUUGUAAAGAUAGUUUGUGUGUGUGUGUGAUGUAGAACUGUGGUCGGAGAGCACCAUAUGCCCGAUUUUUGCCAUUUGAUGCCUCGGACAUUUGGUGCAUGAUUAAAUUAAUUACUGCACAUACAGAUUGUCAAUCAAAGCCAAGGAAACGAAAAGAAAAAGUUGUAUCUCUUCUCUUAGCUACGGCUUAGAAAACAUUACAAUUCUUUGUUGAUAA